GUUCCUGCUUAACAAGGAGCCAUUUGCGCUUAUAAAUUUAUUAGAUGGAGAAUUCCGUCCCCCUCUAAGAUAUAUAAAAAGAAAAAUUGAAAGCCUAAAAACCUGAACGAAACCGUGGCCCAUGAUCCGUCUAAACAACGGGCCGUCAAAAUGGCUAUCGGCCCGAUUCAGGCCCAGUAAAUGGCCCGUUUGAAUGGAUAAGUGGAUAGCCGGAUAGACAGAUAUCACCUUGUUCGCUACUUUCUCAACUCGGCUGAGCAAAAUGCCGAUCACCUGUGCGGCAACUCCUUCCCUCUUCUCCUCCUUCCUCACUUCCCCGCUCUCCGCCUCCAGAUCUCACCCCUUUCCCAAUCUCUCUCUCACCAAGCACCUCCGCCUCGCCGUCCGCUGCGACGUCGCCGCCCUCCCCGUGCUCUCCUUCUCCGGCAACAAGGUAGGCGAGGUCCCCCUCUCCCUCAAGUCCGCCCCCGCAGAAACCUCCCGAGCCAUCGUCCACCGCGGUCUUGUCACUGAGCAGCAGAACCAGCGCCGAGGCACCGCUUCCACACUCACCCGCGGAGAGGUCAGAGGCGGCGGGAAGAAGCCUUACCCGCAGAAGAAGACCGGCCGUGCCCGCCGUGGAUCGCAGCGCACUCCGCUUCGCCCCGGAGGCGGCGUCGUGUUCGGCCCCAAGCCCCGCGACUGGAGCGUCAAAAUCAACCGGAAGGAGAAACGCCUCGCACUGUCGUCCGCUCUCGCCAGCGCGGCUGCGGCUUCUGAUGCCUUCGUGGUGGAGGACUUCGAGCAGGAAUUUGAGACGGGGCCAAAAACUAAGGAUUUCGUGGCGGCCUUACGGAGGUGGGGGCUCGACCCCAAGAGGAAAGCCAUGUUCCUGAUGACGGAAGUGUCGGAUAAUGUCCUGCUCUCCUGCAGGAACCUAGGGACCAUCAAACUGCUAACUCCCAGAAUGCUGAACCUAUUCGAUAUUCUUGACUCCGAGAAAUUGGUACUCACAAAAUCAGCUGUGGAGUAUCUCAACUCGACUUAUGGGGAAACCACCCAAGAGGAGGACGAAGGAGAGGAGGAAGAAGAGGAGGAUGCUCAAGGAGAUAACUAAAAUGAUAUUAAUUAACUUUGGUAUCAUGAAGCGCAGUAAGGAGACCCGUUACAUUCACAUUUGGAACUUAAAUUUUGCCUCGCGUCAAAUAUAUGCUGAUGAAGCAGAUCCAAUGAUUGUUUCUUGAGUCCAUUUUGUCAGAUGUAUCUGAUGAUCCUGUAAUCUCUAGAUUGCAGCAUCGUAUUCUUAUGGAGGUUUAACUGAUACUUUUGAACUGUAAAGGUUGAUCGAAUUUCCUGUCCAAAUGUUGUUUUUUUUGCUUCGUGUAUGGAAGUCGAUAGAAUACCAGAAUUGGUCCUUUACUUUUAAAUGUUGUAAAUUUGUUUGUCUGAUCUGCCUUUAGAAUGUAAAAGAUAUGAUUUGUCUGCUUAACUUCAUUUUUAAGGAU